AUGGCUACUAUCAACACAAGGCCAAAGUCUCCAACUCGUACUGAAGCAAUAGCUAAAGCUCUUCGACCAGGUCCUAUCUACAACACAGGAGUACUUUUAGGGAAUUGGGUUGAAGAUAGAAUUGAAUGCCCUAAAAGAGGUACAUUGUAUUUUCCACCUGUAGAAAAAAUAGAUUAUGAAAGGUUGAAACCUGAAUCUAGGCAGCCUGAGUUUCGGAUUAACAAAUUAAAUAGUUUACAGGGUAAUGUGCGCUCAAUAAUCAAGCAUGAUAGCCACGAUUCAUGCGGGAAUUUCGCUACUACAGCAGACUUAGUGUAUAACGUUCUACCUAAGCCACUGUGUGGACCGAAUAUGCGUUAUUACAAAAGAAGUGCACACCAGUUUUAUCCACAACCAGAUCUCACAAAAUGUUUCGGAAAUGUGACAGAAUGGGGCUUAAAAAAGAGUUUGGAAUAUGAGUGGGCGUGCACUGAUGUCUCGGAUUAUUCGUCUACUCUUUACGAAGAUACUUACGUUCCCCCUUUGCCCCAUCAAUAUCUACAGCGCUGUGAAAGAAAAGCGCGAAACUCGAGCUUCACAAAAAGUUUUCACUAUAAGAUGACAAAAUCAAAACAAUGAUAACAUCAAGAAUCAUUUCUUUUCACUUUUUGCAAAAAUUACUAGUCUUUUAAUAUCACA